GUUAAAUCAUCGAAAUAUACGUCCAUGUCGGCGCGAUUGGCAUACUGAUAAGAAGGAUUUAUUGGCCUACGUAACUGUAUUCAUUAAGACCGGAAAAUUCCUCUCCUUAUAUAUGGGUUUUGAUUCACAAGGCUAACGCAGGUCAUUCAUAAUGUCCGACGAUCUCACAAGCAGCGAGGAAUCCGAUUACUCUGUGUUUGAAAACAAGUCUGGACUAGCUGAAGACAUGAAGUUCCUAGCGAGCAUGCCUGAGCUGUGUGAUGUCACCUUUCUGGUUGGAGAAACGAGGGAACCUGUUUGUGCUGUGAAGGCUGUCCUGGCAGCCCGUAGCAAGGUUUUCCACAAAAUUUUAUAUGGACAACGUCAACAGCAGUCUGCUCAUGAACCGUCUCCUAAAAAGAGAGACUCCAUCAAAGACAACAAGCUCAGGCUUUUUCUGAAGCGAACCAGUGAGCCUAAUAUCAACGUCCAAGUUCCGCCGCCAAUCAAGCAUAAUCCAAAUAAUGCAGCUGCAAUGCGAAAGAACUGCAAGGAAGAUCAAAUGGAUGUUAUUUGUGAAG